AUGGCACCAGCUGAUUCUGAGGAGAUUGUGGCAGACAUUCCUGCGGACACAGGCGUGGAGGCUGCUGAGGAUGAGCAUGAGGGAUUUUCGGGUGGUCCGAGCGACCCAUCUGUGUUGACCCAGUAUGCAGAUCACAUUGCUUGCAGCGUAUGGACGGGAGAGCGUCCUGAGUUGAAGUUAUCCUCUCACGGGAGGAAGGUCCAUAGUUUAGGCAGGCCUGUCCCUGCCAUUGAUGGACUCGUUGCUGGGACAGGACUAAGUCCUCUAAUCGCGUGUUCGGUAGACACCGGCGAUUGGGGACUUUUGUCCUCGUUUGUGGAGCGGUGGCACCGGGAGACGUCUAGUUUCUAUCUCUCAGUGGGAGAGCUCACGAUCACACUAGACGACGUCUCGUCGCUUCUGCAUCUGCUCGUGGUUGGCGACUUGCACGCCUUUCAGCCCUUGCACGUGGAUGAUGUGGUUCAGAUGCUGGUGGACUUAUUGAUGGUCUCUGCAGAGUCUGCCAUGGCUAAGACAGCCCAGUGUCGUGGACCGUACGUACGCCUGCAAUGGGUACGUGAUAUAUACAAGCGUCGAUGCCAGGCAGGUCAUUGGACAGCUACGGCUCGCGCAUAUCUUUUUCAUCUUCUAGGUUGCACUCUGUUUUCUAACAAGAGUGCAACCAAUGUGCAUGUUGUGUACUUGGAGGCCCUUCGUGACCUCAGUCAGACCAGGAGGUACGCCUAG